CAUGCUCUUCUGCAGGGUAACCUUGACAGAUAAGGUUUGAAACUCAUUAUCUCAGUCAUCUGUUUUCUCAACACAAUAUCACAGUGAAGACCGGGCGCUAAUGAGUGGCGAAAAUGAACAACUCCACCUGGGACUCGUACCAUGCUCCGAUGUCAUCUUUCUUUAUCCUGCCCAUGCUGGUGGUCAUUUUUGUGACUGUGGCUGGAAAUCUCCUGGUGAUUUUGGCUGUGGUGCGGACCCCCCAGCUCCAGAACACCACGAGCAUCUUCAUCACAUCCCUGGCCUGCGCUGAUCUCAUUGUAGGUUGUGUGGUCCAGCCCAUGAGCUUUUCCAUGCUGCUGACUGGAAACUGGCCACUAGAUAAGAUGUCUUGCAAACUCUGGACCUCAGUGGAUGUUCAUUGUGUGACUGCCAGCACACAGACACUCUGUGCCAUCGCUGUGGACCGAUAUGUGGCUGUCACCAGACCACUGCGGUACAAGGCUCUUAUGAAUAAGUGGAGAGCCUGGAUCAUUGUCUGCGCUGUAUGGGUAAACUCAGCUCUCAUUUCCUUCGUCCCCAUCAUGGGCGAUCAUUCCAACGCUUUUGGCAAUUCAGAGGAGAUUGAACGCUGCCGUGAAGACAACCGCUGCUGUGACUUCAAUCUCAACCCAACCUAUGCCAUCAUCUCCUCUGUCAUCUCCUUCUACUUGCCACUGGUGGUGAUGCUCUUUGUGUACGGGCACGUGUUUGUGAUCGCAAACCAGCAGGUGAAGAUGAUUUACAAAGACAGACAACGUUUCAACAUCAGCAAUAACCAGCAGCUCACUGAGGAAUCAUCAGCAGCAGAGACAGAGUUGGGUCGGAUCCAAAGUCGAAGGGCAACCAGGCUUAUCGUCCAUCAGCACAAGGCUCUGAAGACUCUGGGCCUGAUCAUGGGCGCCUUCACGCUGUGCUGGUUGCCAUUCUUCGUGGCUAACAUUGUGGUGCCCUUUAAGGAGGAAGAUGGAGACAAAAAGCUUCAAAGAAUCCUCAUCAUGUUUCUAAACUGGCUGGGCUUCAGCAACUCUGGCCUGAACCCCAUCAUCUACUGCCACAGCUGUGACUACCGCACUGCCUUCUACAGUCUUCUGCACCUCCUGAAGAUCAAGCGGGCGAGCCCAGAUAGAGUUUAUAAGCACCUAAGGAUGUGUUGUCCCUGUUUGUCCAGCCUCAGCCCAGGGACACUGGGCAACUCCCAAGUUUCUCUGCAGGGUAACAGAGGAGAAACACAAACCCCAACAACCAAGAGUGAAGCUGCAGUGAUUUGAAAGACUUGAAGAUCCCCACAGUAUGACUACACCCUUAAUCUGCACAGCUGACCGUGGCCUAAAGCGUGACUGAAAAGGCAUGAAAGCCAACCUAAACAAACUGAUGAGCUCCUUUGGAUAACAUGAGCCACAAAUCCACUCCAAACAUAUAAUCACGGUGGAGGGCAGAUCAAUUCCUUAACUGGUGAAGGCCUGGAUGUGUAAUCAUGCUCCACAGGGUGGUGUGUGAAGACCAUGGAGUGCAACUACGCAUCCAAACCUUCACAGAACUUUUACUUUUGUCUAGUCCUCAUACUGAGAUGACCGCCUCUGUUCUGGACCUCUGAAAAAGACAGAGGAACUGAAUCUGGAGGCUGAACUGAAGAAACCUAUGAUGUCAUACUCAGCUGGCCAUCAGACUUGUUUCAGUGGUUUGUGCAGUAAACACUUUGUGAAGGAGUGCAAUAACAGAACAAAUUAAAUUAUAUUAUGCACAAGCACACAGAAGAAAGAAGAAAGCAUUAAGAAGCAGAACAGUAGGGAGAUGUUCCACAAAAAAAGUCUUAGAGCGUUUUAUUGAAGCCUUUUUCACCAGAUAACAGGAAAAAACAUGUCCAUCUGUUUCCAGCAGCAAAUUUAUUACUGAAUUUGACGUUUUAUCUCGAAAAGAGACUAACUUCUUCAAGAUUUUCACAUAUUAAGUCAUGAUUUUGUAAAAAGCCAUUUCAACAUAGCUGACAUAUCACAAGAGAGUAGGUCAAAAUUUUGAGAAACUAACUAAUUAAAAUAUUGGGAUAAUAUGUCAACAUGCCUGCGAUAGACUGACGACCCAUCCUGGGUGUGUCCUGCCUUCUGCCCAAUGACAGCUGGGAUAGGCUCCAGCGCCCCCUGCAACCCAGAAGGAGAAGAUUUGUGUGUGUGUACUUCAGCAUUUUAAGUUUUCAGCAUUUUAAUUACUACACUGAGCAAAAACCUCAAAAAUAUACAUUCAAUACAAGCUGAAAUUUUAAGAAUAUUAUUGAGAUAAAGCAAAUGCAGGAAACAUUUUCUCCAACCUGGUGGAAAGAGUUUGCUGAAGCCUUCAGUCUGCACAUUUUAUGGAGCACUUUGUGAGAUUGCUAUCUAAAAAUAAAAAUAAGGUCAAGAGCAAAUGACUGCAUACAAACAAAGACAAAUUUUAUACAACAAAUAAACAUUCUCUCUGGCUAUCAGUGCAAUUGAUUUGUUUCCUUCUCUUACCUCACUGUGGAGAAUAUGAAACGAUUUAAGUGGACUGCUGGGAAAUAUAGGAUAAUUUCUCUGAAAAAAAACAACUAUAUACAGCACAUCAAAAAAUUCUCACUCCAUUUGUCUGAUGAAGCACAGCUACUGAAAAAGUACCUGCACAGUGUCUUUCAGCUAAGUUGACCAUUAUUCAUUAAGUUACAUCUAUCUAUCUAUUUAUCUACAUACAUACAUAUAUAUUAGGGUUGGGAUCUUUAGGCACCUCAUGAUUCGAUUAGAUUACGAUUCAGAGGGCCGUGAUGCGAUAAUAAAACGAUUAUUGAUGCAUCUUGGUGCAUCUUUUUUUCUA